CGGGUGUGUCGCGCCGAGAGUGGGAGGGACAUGAAGGGUUUCAGGAAGAGAGCAGCGCCUGUCGCCGUGGGCCUCACAGCAAAGUUCGCGAGGCGGAGGACGGCAGAAGCAAACAUGCAGAACAUGAGCUCUCCGGGAGGGAGCGUCCUCACCGAGGACCAGUUCACCUGCUCCAUCUGCCUGGAGGUGUUCGUGGAGCCCGUCUCCACGCCCUGCGGACACAGCUUCUGCAAGGCCUGUCUGCAGGGCUACUGGAACCACAGCAAGAAGUUCCUGUGCCCCAUGUGCAAGAAGAGCUACUCCAAGAGGCCCGAGAUGAGCGUCAACAGGGUCCUGGCCGAAAUCUCCUCCCAGUUCCAGGGGCUGAUGCUGGCCGGAGGGGGCGGCGGGGGCGGAGGGGCCCCGCGGGGGUCCACGCUCAACCUGGCCUCGGACGCCAGCCCCGGGGGCUCCCAGGCGUCCGACGGCGGGGAUUUCGCCCGGGCCGGGGAGGUGCCCUGCGACGCCUGCAUCGGAAGGAAGGUGAAGGCCCUGAAGUCGUGCGUGAGCUGCCCCGGGUCCUUCUGCGAGGUCCACCUCCGGCACCACAGGAAGGUAAAGUCCCUGGUCUCUCACCGCCUGAUCGAACCCACCUUCCACCUGGAGGAGAAGAUCUGCAAGAAGCACGAGCGUCUCCUGGAGGUGUACUGUCGCACGGACCACGUCGCCAUCUGCGCGGUCUGCGCCGAGUCCACGCACAAGUCCCACGACGUCGUCUCCGUGGACCACGAGUGGAAGAAGAGGAUGAGUAAUCUGGCCAGGAAGAAGUCGGAGGUCAAACAUCUGAUCAAGGAGAGAGCCAAGAAACUGGAGGAGAUCAAACAGUCCAUCAAGGUCAUCAAGACCGGCUCUCAGAGGGAGUUGGAGGAGAGCUGGCAGGUGUACGCCGAGCUGCAGCGCCUGGUGGAGCAGAGUCAGGCGGAGCUGGUGGAGCUGAUCGCCACGAGGCAGCGGGAGGCCGAGCGCCACGCCCAGGAGCUCGCCCGCGGUCUGGAGAACGAGCUCAGCCAGCUGAGGAGGCGGAGCAACGAGCUGGAGGCCCACGCGCAGACGCAGGACAAAGUGGUCUUCCUGCAGAACCUGACGAUGCUGUCGGCCUCGCCGGAGCCCACCGAUUGGUCGUCGGUCAGCGUCAACACUGACCUCUACCUGGGCACCAUCCGCUCCUCCGUCAGCGGCCUGGUGGAUCGGCUCCAGGAAGAGCUCAAGAGACUGUACGGGAAAGAGCUCCGGAAGGUCCAGAACUAUUCCACUGAGGUGAUACUGGACCCGGUCACGGCCCAGAGGAACCUGGUCGUGUCCGACGACGGGCGGCAGGUGAGAUACGAGGAGCGCAAGUCCGUCCACGCCGAGGGCCCGCGGCGCUUCAGCCCCGCCCUCUUCGUCCUGGCCCGAGAGGGCCUGGCCUCCGGGCGCCACUACUGGGAGGUGGACGUGGGGCGCAAGACGGCCUGGACGCUGGGCGUGGCCAACGCCACGGCCCGCCGCAAGGGCGAGAUCAAGCUGAGCCCCGAGGGCGGGUUCUGGUGCCUGUGGCUGAAGAACGCCGAGGUGAAGGCCCUGGCCUCGCUGCGCCUGCCGCUGCCGCUGUCGGCCCCGCCCACUAAAGUGGGCGUGUUCCUGGAUUACGAGGGCGGCCAGGUUUCUUUCUACGACGUGAAGGCGCGUCUGCAUCUCUACACCUUCGUGGACACCUUCAGCGAGAGUCUGUACCCGAUCUUCAGCCCCUGCCUCCACCACGACGGGAAGAACUCGUCGCCGCUCCUCAUAUCGCCGGUCAAACACACCUGAGAGCGAGGAGCCAAUCACAAGUCAGAAAACCUCCAGCAGAGAUUUGUAGCUCAGGUACUUUUAAACAGCACAUUUUUUUCUACGUGAAAUUGAGGCGACCUUACGACGGUUUAAACUGUUGGCAAAGCGCUUUGCCUCAAAGCGGCUUUCCAACCAAUGAACUGAAAACACGGCGCGUUGUUUGCCAAUCAGCACCAGUAGAACCAUCCUCGCCGUACUUGAUGGACACGUUGCACAGUACUGAUCCUUUAUUGCGUAUUACGGCGAGAUAUUGAUCAUUUAGUUACUCAGUUACUUACCGUACCUCUCCUCUCAGAUUCUAUAUAAAUCAAGCUGAUAUCUUGGAGUAAAAACAUGUGAAGGACGAGAGAGGAUUAUUCUGACCUUUUGACCUUUUCAUCUGGGCGUAUUGACAGUAAUGCUGUACUUCCAUAUUUGUAAGUCUUUGGAGACUUCACAGAAGAAAGGAAGUUAAAUAGAUUUACUGUCUGAAGGCCGACUGGACCAGAGGACAGAUUUUUGUACAUGUACGACUAUAAUAUUGUUUUUUAAGGGUUUUUAUUUCCUAUUUUAUAAUCUGUGAUUGUUUCAGGGCUGUAAAAGUAUGUUCUGUAUUUAUAUAUCAAAUAUGUUCUUUUGUACUAUCAAUCAGAACUUGUUCAUUAAAGAAUAAAUUCAUUAGUCACCAAACAAAGAA